UCCGCCAGGCGGGCCCCGGGGCGUGCAGGGCCGGGGGCGGGGCUCCGAGGCCGGGACACGGCGUCGGGCUCCCGGGCAGCCUCCGCCGGCUGGACCCUGCCGCGCUCGUGAUGCUGCUCGUGGACGCCGAUCGGCCGGAGCCCGUGCGCGGCGGGGCGCGCGAGCUCGCGGUCUUCCUGACCCCCGAGCCCGGGGCCGAGGCGAAGGAGGUGGAGGAGACCAUCGAGGGGUUGCUCCUCGGGCUGGAAGAGUUUUGCAGCCUGGCUGACAUGAUCAGGAGCGACACCUCACAGAUCCUGGAAGAAAACAUUCCCCUCCUUAAGGCCAAGGUGGUGGAAAUGCGUGGCAUCUACGCCAAAGUGGACCAGCUGGAGGCCUUUGUCAAGAUGGUCAGACGACACGUCUCCUUCCUGGAGGCCCACGUGCUCCAGGCCGAGCGGGACCACGGGGCCCUCUCGCAGGCCCUGCGGAAGUGGCUGGGCUCCUCGGGGCUCCCAGCACUCGGGAACAAGCGAUGGGCACCGGUGGCCCCGACAUUUGAGCUGCCCGCGUUGUACAGAACGGAGGACUAUUUUCCCGUGGACGUGGGGGAGGUGAUGCCCCGAGCCCCCAGCUGCCAAAGGCGUCUGUGAGCACUUCGGUCCUGCCAUCCGGGCGUUGGGAAGUGAAAUCUGUGUGCAGAGCAGAUGUGGUUUUCUUCUUUUCUUUUAUUGUUGUGGGUUCGUUUUCUGAGUUUUCCCCCUUGCUUCAUGGGGGCGCAUGGGGUUUGGAGAAGCGCUUGGGACCCAGGGGGUGGGCAGUGCCUCGGUGAUGAGCUGGGAAGGCCUCCUGCACCAGCUGUGGCUUGCCUGGUGGUCUGGACGAGGUGGUCACCCCUGGGGAUAGCUGGUCACCCCAGGUGACGGGCUGUGGGGACAUGGAUAUCUUUGCACAGGAAUUGUUGGGGUCUUGGGAGGUAUCACCAGGGUGCGUGGCUUCAGGUCCAUCUGAUUUGGCUGGUUUGUCUGAACCCCAGUGCUCACUGGCCCUGUGAACCAUCUCAAUAAAGUGUCAAGAGGUCA